CCUCUUCCCCCCAUGCUUGACGCGCUCCCGCCCGAGCUGCUCGCGGUGGUACUGGCGCACCUUCCCCCACGCACACUUCUGGCAUGUCAACUCGUCGCACGACUAUGGGAUGGUGUGGUUCGGGGAACUCCUGAGCUGGUAUACAGAUUGGAGCUGUGGCGGGACGGACUGCUAGCUGGGACUGGCGGAGGGCGGACACCGGCAGCUUUGUUGGCGGAGCUGCUGCAUCGCAGAAAGGCUUGGCGGGAGCUCACAUGGAAGGAGAGACACGUGGUAUGCAUGGAGAGCCCAGAGCAAUGCCGCGCUUAUGAGCUGGGAGGGGGCGUGUUUUGCCUCCAGGAGACGACUGGCCGUUUCCAAGUCCUACGGCUGGGCAAAAAUGAUGCCGCUCUGGAGACAACCGAGCUGGGCAUACCCAUGACAGGAUUCGAGGACUUCGCAUUCGAUGUUGGCCAGAACCUCCUCGCCGUUUUGGACGUGCCUCCAACUACCGACGUUGGUUCUGUCGUUUUCCGCUCGCUUCUGGAUCCAACCACUCCCCAUGCGGAUGCUCGCCUUGGCAAGAUUUCCUUUCCAUGCCAACGCUCCGACGCGCUGUUUAUGUCAAUGCAAGUGCUCGACGAUCUCGUUACCAUAUAUCUCCACUCCGGCGCGCGCCUGCUCCUAUUCGAAUGGCGCACCGGUGAGUUCGCAGAGCUCAAUUUCGGCAGCAGCCCGGUAUACCGCCCGCUUGAUGGUCUAGAUUGCCAUAUGCUUGGCCCACGUUUGAUGCUGGUGGCUUGUCGCAGGGGCCGCGACGGAGACGAGGAGACAUGGAGUGGAUGUCUCCAAGUACACUCCAUCGACGAAUUCCAGCCCUUAGUGGUGAAGCACGUUGCAACCCUCCAUCUCCCGUUACUCUCCACCGGCAAAUGUCAACUGUCCUCUGCAGCGAUCCUUGUUGGCCCAUAUAUCGCGCAGCCUGCUCCAGGCGCGGCGUUCUACCGUGCAAACGAUCGUAGAAUCGUCACGGUGGUGCUGCGGUACUCGCCGGGCGAGUGGGUGCGCCUUGUCAUGCAUAUUCGCACUAUUCACAGGCUGGUGGACGCGUGGAAGACAGACGGCCAAGUCCAGGAACUUGAUUGGGACGACUGGGGUCCGCGUGAGACGAGAAUGAUCAAGGCUGGGAGCAUGCAAAAUUGGUGGCCACGGCAUAUAAACGGUGAAUGCAUUGCGCUUCCAACACCGGCAGGUCGCGCGAUGCGUCUUCUGGACUUCAACAUCCCUGUGCAUCACAACAAUACCGUGACGCUCCCCGCAGUCAACGACGACCACGAAAUCCCUGAUCCUGGGAAGCUCCUGGACGUCAUAUCCGUGACGGAGCUCCCCGUCGUCGAUCCGCCCACCUUCACCGCUGAAGCCCUACACACAGGCCCCAGUUGGUGCCAGGUUGGUAUCCUGGUUACUGUACCCGGGGAGCAGGGCGGAUACGAUGAAUCGGACUCGCAGUCAGCCGAGGACGAAAGUGACAGUGAGUUGUUUACUAGUGACGACGACCCGCUGCCACGGUCCUAUCCCGCGCCGCCAUCCUCCCCUAAGCCCCGAGACAUCGUCACGGGCCUCUUCAGACAAGCGGUACACACGGAACUGCCGUAUCGCGAAGUCGUCAGGACUCUCCGGCGGCGUUCGAAUGGCGAACGUGAUGACGCAAUCGGUACUAACAGUGAGGAUGAAGACGGGGAAUCGCACUAUGGAUUGUUCAUGCUGGACGAGCAGUGGGUGCUUGCGGCGGAUGUGCAGAACUCACAUCCAGAGGUCGUUGCUCUGAGGAUGGGGUGA